AUGCAUCUCGAUGUUUCACGAUACAUUCGAGGUUGUGUUCUAUGCAACACGUCGAAGCCUUUCAAUAGAAAGUUAGGACUGUAUCUUCCAUUGCUAGUACCUAGCCAAGCUUGGGAGAGUAUCUCGAUAAAUUUCUUAGGUGGAUUGCCUAAAACCAAGUCUGGAAAUGACUACUUGUUUGUGGUGGUAGAUCGUUUCAGUAAGAUGGUGAUUCUCAUUCCAUGCAAGAAGACCGUUAUUGGAGAAGGAGUUGCUAAGUUAUUUUUCCAACAUAGACAGUCGAUUCUUAGUCCAUUUCUAGAGGUCGUUAUGGGGAACGAUGGAUACCAGAUUGAAAAGAAGCACUGCAUUUCUCCACAAACGGAUGGGCAAACGGAGGUCGUAAACCAGACUAUGAGUCCUUUCGAUUUAGCAUUCACUAUGAGUGACCAACCAUUAAGUGGGAAAGAAGAAGAACAUAUUCGAGCACAAAAAUUUCUCGAACUUGUCAGAAAGAUUCAUAUUGAACUGGAGGCACAAUUGGAACGUUCUCAGCAACGAUAUGAAGCUCGCCAUGAUAAGCAUCAUGUGCCAUGUAACUUCAAAGAAGGUGACCUAGUAUGGUUACACCUUGGAAAGGAGCGGCUAACUGAUGAAGGCAAGAAACUGAAGCCUAUUCGUUAUGGACCUUUCAAGAUCAUCAAAGAAAUUGGUGAUAAUGCCUUUCAACUUGAAUUAGCACCAUACAUGCAUAUGUACUCGAUCAUCAAUGCUGAGAAUCUUAAGCUUUUUGAGCCAUCUCUACUUGAUGAUGAUCUCGACAAAGACACUUGUCUUCCAUCAGUUGAUGACUUGCAGAUUGAACGAGAAGACCCUUUGCAGGAGGAUUGUUUAUUGGAACAGAAGGUUCGUGAGACUCGACAUGGAAAGUAUGAGUAUUUCCGUAUUGGUAGAAAAGGUCAACAUCCUAGCAAGUCGAAAUGGUAUAUUUGA